AUGAGCUAUAAGAGUGUUUUUCCCUAUUGGGCUAGUUGGUUAAAAGUGCCGAUAGGAACAUCCAAACUUCCUGGUUCAGUGGACAUCACAUCGACGAAUUCUUCUAGUUUCGACAAAGAAGGUUACGUUUAUUAUCCAACAAAUUGUGUGAAAGAAAAGAAAUGUCCAAUUCAUGUAGCUCUUCAUGGAUGUUUACAAGGGAAAUGGCGCAUUGGGGAUAUCUUCGCGAAGAAAACGGGUUAUUUAGAAGUGGCUGAACUCAAUAAUAUUAUUAUAAUAUUUCCACAAAUUAUAGCAACGCAUGUCAAUCCGUCGAAUAAAGAAGGCUGUUGGGAUUGGUGGGGUUAUAGUUCUCCUAACUAUGCUAAUAAGCUGGGUAUAGAAAUGGCAGGUGUGAAGAAAAUGAUCGACAGUUUCAGAUCUAUCAAUACUGCUUUACAUCCUUUCGAGAAAUAA